AUGGCAGAUGCGGAUGCAGCGGCGGCGGCGAGGCCUCUGGGCCCAGCGAAAGUGACGCUGCAGUUUGUGGCGGUGGGCAGCGCACCGCUGAUGAAGCGCACCAAGUUCACCGUCAGCGGGCACGACCAGCUCAGUGUGGUGUACAAAUUCUUGAGGAAGCAGCUCCGACUCAAGGACAAUGAGUCCUUGUUUGUGUAUUGCAAUAGCUCCUUUGCGCCGUCACCGGACCAGAGGCUCAGCUCACUGUUUGAGAGCUUUCAAGUGGGGAAUGUAUUGGUGCUAAACUACAGCCUGACGCAGGCCUGGGGAUAA